AUAUUUUUGGAUCAAAAAUUCUCAAAUGUUGUUUAAAUGUUGCCCUAUCACUUCAAAGAUUGAGCUGAUUGAUUGAGAGCCCCCAUAAAAAACAAGAAAUUGGAAAUAAUUGUACACUUUACUUUGUUCCACUUCCAGCGUUCCGCUGUCGUAGCAAAGUCAUCGAUGCUAGUUUGACGCUCAUAAUAUAAAGUUAAUUGAAUUAUAAUGCUAUUUAUUUUGUAAUUUAUCCGCGGUCACACUGCUAGAAGAAUAUUAAGGAUGAGGCGUUUGAAUAAUUUACUGACCCUCUUCACGGCUAUAACUGCAUUUUUUUUUGGGAGCUUUAUCACAAAAAUACUUAGUUCGGUAGACCAAUGUCCAGCACACCGCAGAGGAGUGCCAGACCUUAAGUCGCAUCCGAAUCUGUUUCUCAUGGUGUUGGUGCUGAGCGCACCGCGCAGUGCUGAGCAGAGGAAUGCCAUGCGAAGGACCUGGCUCAAAAAUGUAAGACAGCCCAUCCAGCAGCCGUAUUAUCCUGAAGAGCAAAUCUACCUUCCAACCUACGGCACCAGCGGCGUUUUGCAGGUGGAGUUGGUUGCGCAUCAGGCGAAUCGCCUGAGGCAGUAUAUAGAGUGGCAGAAAAGCCCUCUGACCAGAAUCCCCCAAUUAACGAAGAGGGAGAUUAAAGUGAAGCACCUUUUUGCCAUUGGCACUGUCAAAAUAAGCAGCUCCCUGGAGGCGGAGCUGCUGAGCGAGCAAAAUCAACAUAAAGACCUUCUGAUGCUGCAACAUCACCAUGACACAUACGACAAUCUUACAGAUAAACUUCUGCAGGCUUUAGAUGCUUUAAUAGACAACUAUGAAUUUUCAUAUAUCAUAAAAGUUGACGACGAUACCUACGUUAAGCUGGACAGCCUAAUCAAUGAGCUCGUCUCCUAUGAUCGAAAGUUACUUCGCAAAAUGUCUGAGUAUGGCCGUGAUCCCAUUCCCCAGCUUUAUUGGGGAUACUUUAAUGGACGCGCAAAAAUUAAAGGGAAAGGCCAUUGGAAGGAGUCUAAUUAUUACCUUAGCAAAAACUAUCUUCCCUACGCCCUAGGCGGUGGAUACGUUUUAUCUCGAAAACUAUGUGAAUAUAUAGUCAAUAGCUCACAACUGCUUACACCCUAUGUUUCCGAGGAUGUCUCGGUCGGCACUUGGCUGACUCCACUACGUCAUGUCUAUCGCUGGCACGAUCCCAGAUUUGACACUGGCUACAUGCCUCGAAAAUGUCAGCCCUAUCAUAUAGUUUUGCACAAACGGAAUUUGGAAAUGAUGACUGACAUCUAUGAUGGUAAACUUUGCAGUGGCACUGUCUCGUCCUCAUUAUCCGAAUACUACUACGAUUGGACGAGGACAGCAGACAAAUGUUGCGAUAGUUUAGUAGUGUAGCCAUGACUUGGAGUCGUGCAGAACCAAAGUAUUGAAACUUUUAUAUUGGCUUACCUGUGCUUAAUUAACCAUUCUAUGCGGUCGUCCGUUUCAAUAAGACUAGCCACU